UCUAACUUUUUAAGACGACAGCAUGGGGGCUCGCGGAAAAGUGAAGGCCAUAGCUAAGGGGGCCAAAAGCUUGAAAAAGGCAGUUAAUGUAGAGUCGGGUUCAGUGCUAAGAGCAACAAUACAAGCAGGAAAAGCUACUCCAUCUCCACCAUUAGGUCCAGCGUUAGGACAGCAUGGAAUACAAAUUUCAGAAUUUUGUAAGCAGUUUAAUGACAUGACAAGCAACAUCAAAGAAGGACUGCCUUUGCCAACUUGGAUCAAAUUAAGGGGAGAUCGGAGUAUCGACAUCAAGCAUACUAUGCCAACCACAACCUAUUUUUUAUGUAGUGCUGCUGGAAUUAGUAAGGGAGCCCAAUCCCCAGGUCAAGAAGUAGCAGGAAAAAUAACAUUGAGACAUGUCUAUGAAAUUGCCCAGAUAAAGCAGACUGAAGGAACUUUGGAUAGAUUUUCACUUCAGAACAUCUGUAAGAUGAUUAUAGGCAGUGCUCAUUCCUUAGGACUGGAGAUUGUGAAAGACUUGGAUCCCGUUGAAUACGAACAAUUUCUUAUAGAAAGAGAAAAGGUGGUAGAGGAACAAGCAUUGAGACGAAAGGAGGAAUUGGAAGCAAAGUACUUAAGGAUGAAAGAAAAAGAAGCUGUAAAAGUGUAACAUAUGUUCUGUAUAUAGACCAUCUUAAAGACAUUUAUCUUGUGACCUUGGAGAUCUGUAUAAAAGUGUGAUGAAGAUUAGUGGAAUUAAAGUUUAGCAAUGGGACCUAGUACUUACAAACAGGCACAUUUUGGCAUAUUGAUUGUGACUAAGAACAGGUUGCACUUUGAACUCGGCCUUCUUAAUAUCAUUUGUUCAAAGCUCAUCAUAUCUUUUUACACUGAUCAUCGAGGGACUCGACUGUGUAUUCUGUGUGAUAGUUUUCAGAAGGCUUGGUAAGGAUUCCUACCUGAAUUGAAAGGUCUCGUGCAUGAGAAGAUAUAUUACAGAAUAUAUUGUUUGUAAUCAUCCAUUAUAUUUUGUGAUUCCAACCAUUUUGUAGUGGUAGAUCCAGACAGAAGACAAGAAAUUCUCUUGCUGUUUUGAUGUUCAUGACAUUUCAUUGUAUACCCUGUUCUCUUAUUCUUGUGGCUGUGAAAUGCAUGAGCGGUUUUUUUUUUUUUUUUUUUUUAAAGUUGUUCCUAGACAAUAAUUAAGCUGCAUUCAACUAUUGUUUAUAGUCAUUAAUCACAUUGUCUUACAGCUAAAUAAUAUAUUUACAACAAUGAUUAUGACACCAUGCAGUCACUUUCAGUUAAGAAUCGCAAGAAUAGGUUAAUACAGUAUAAAUCAGAUUUCCAUCAAUCAUAUUUUCAAAUAUAUCACAAAUAAAAAAUCUUUGCAGUAUAUCAGAUAUACCAGUAAAACAAUAUUUGUGAUAUAGUUUCAUUUUAUAUUGAUCACAAAAAUUAGCCCUUAAAUCAUCAUUUAAUGUGUUUGUUUUCAUAAAAAUCAGAAAAAAAACCCGAUAUACAAACAAACAAAAACAUUUAGCAGUAUUACAAUUGUUAACUUUUCAAUUAAAGAAGGAUUUGUGUUUGGUAAUAGUACUAGUGUAGUGCAUUAAUACAAGGCCGUGAUUAGAGCUAGACAUUUUAUUAAAAAUAUGUCGGUAGUGUCAUUGCACUUCAUUGGUUAUGGCUAAAAUUGUAUCUGAUCCUGUUUAUAGUGCUUGACAGAAUGACUUUUGGGUACAUGUAUGUGAAAAGUGUGAUAUUAACUGACAUGAAAUUGUGUAUGUUUGUGAUAGAGAGAUGGAAAUAAAUAUUACUUAAAACAACA